GGCGCGGGCGCGGGCGGCCAGUCUGCAGCCGCGCGCGAAGCCUACCGCGCGCACGACCGAGCCAAACAUGUCCGCGAAUGGGUCGGCGGCCACGGAGCCGCGGCUCUGCCACGUGCGGAAGAUGCCCGACUUCGACGGGUACGGGUUCAACCUGCACGCGGAGAAGGGUAAACCGGGCCAGUACAUCGGGAAGGUGGACGACGGCUCGCCGGCGGAGCGCGCCGGACUGAAGCGCGGCGACCGCAUCCUCGAGGUGAACGGAAACAGCAUCGCCGGCGAGACGCACAAGCAAGUGGUGGCGCGUAUUAAGGAGCGACCUGACGACGCUGAGCUGCUGGUGGUGGCGACCGCGCCGGGCGAGGCGCUGCCCGGACUGGAAACGCCGCCGGCGACUCGUGCCUCCAUCGCUGACAGCCCGCCGCCGCCAUCGGAACCUGCGCGCCUUAACCUGCAAAUGACGGCCGCCGAAAUGCGCGCGCACCUCGCCGCCAAGAAGAAGUUCGAUCCUAAAAAGGUGCCCAUGGACCUCAAGUCCAAGUUCGACAUUGUGAAAAAGCUGUGAGAGUGCGUGCCGUGCGUCAAGCGCGACAG